AUGGAAACGUUUAAGCCCCCAAGUGUAUUGAAUUUGACGGGAAACUUACGCGAGAACUGGAGGCGAUGGAUUCAGCGAUUCGAGUUGUUUUUGACCGCGUCAGUUGUUUUUGACCGGAGAUGUGUCAUUAAUGGUCAGUCUGAAAUCCUACCAUUCUUUGUUGUUACUGUCCAGUGAACCCCAAUACUAGGUCUGCAGGCAUGUGAGAUAUUAAACCUGGUCAAGAAAGUCAAUGUAGUGGCCCCAUCACCCUCCACUAAAGAACACAUUAUUCAUGAUUACCCAGAGGUGUUUGAAGGGCUUGGCUCCAUGGACGGAGAAUAUAUCAUAUCGUUGUUGACAAGACUGUCAAGCCUGUCAUCCACCCACAACGAAAGGUUCCCUACAGCAUACUGGGAAAGUUAAAAGAGAAACUUUCGCAGCUUGAAAAAAUUGGUGUUGUGCAGAAAGUUGACGAACCGACUCCAUGGGUUAACAGUCUUGUCAUAGUCGAGAAAUGUGAUGGGUUUCUGCGGUUAUGUUUGGAUCCCCGUGAUCUGAAUAAGGCUAUUUAACGGGAGCAUCAUAGAAUUCCCACAGCAGAGGAUAUUGCCACUCGCCUUAGUGGUAAGAAGUUAUUCUCCAUAGUGGAUGAAAAAGAUGGGUUUUGGCAGAUCCACCUAGAUGAAGAAAGUUCCCAUCUCUGCACCUUCAAUACAACCUUUGGUCGCUUCCGCUUCACGAGAUUACCAUUUGGUGUGUGUUCAGCCCCUGAAGUGUUUGAGAAGAAGAAUGAAGCAUUGUUUGAUGAUAUUGAUGGUGUCGAGGUGAUAUUUGAUGACAUAAUUGUGGCAGCUCAGGAUGAAAAAGAGCAUGAUGAAAUUAUGGCAAAGCUGUUGGAAAGAGCAAAAGCAGAAAAUGUUAAAUUCAAUCCAGAAAAGCUUCAGUACAAAGUCAUAGAAGUGAAGUACAUGGGUAACAUUGUAUCUGAAUCGGGUUGAAGCCAGAUAGCGAGAAAGUUCGUGCAAUCCUGGACAUGCCCUUACCUAAGUCAAAGGAAGAAUUGCGAAGGUUCCUUGGAAUGGUCAAUUUUUUCUCGAAGUUUAUUCCAGGUCAAUCGAGUAGUACUGACCCUCUACGGCAGUUGUUAAAGAAAGAUUCAGUUUGGCACUGGUCCCAUGAACACACUGGUGCAGAAGAACAACUGAAACAGAUCAUCUCAAGUCAGCCUGUCCUGAAAUUUUUUGACUCCUACAAAGCCAGUCAAGUUGCAAGUUGAUGCUUCAAAAGGUGGCUUUGGAGUGUGCCUUCUACAAGACGGACAUCCCGUUGCAUAUGAAUCCCGGUCACUGAGCUCUGCUGAGGAGAACUAUGCGCAAAUUGAAAAGGAGUUAACCGCAGUUGUCUUCGGAUGUGAAAAAUUUCACUGCUAUGUUUAUGGUAAACCAAUUAAUAUGGAUUCUGAUCACAAGCGCCUUGUUUCCAUCUCCAGAAAACCCUUGGUACAAGCCUCCCCCAGGUUCCAGCGAUUGUUGCUCCGACUACAAAAGUAUGAUGUCACCAUCAACUACCUUCCAGGCAAAUAUAUGUAUGUUGCAGAUGCACUUUCACGAGCAUUUCUUCCUGAUGGCCCUGUUCCUGAUGAAAUGAAUGAUGAUGUAACGAAGAUGAUCCACAGCCUCGUUGAAAACCUUCCAAUGACAGUUGAGAAGCUUGAAGAACUGAAAUCAGCAACAGUAGAAGAUGAAAUCCUGCAGCAGUUAACCCAAUUCAUCAAAGACGGAUGGCCUAGUAGUCGUGUGAAUAGUCCAUCGGCUGUUGGUCACUACUGGAAAUUUCAAGACGAAAUCUAUGAAGCCAAUGGGUUGUUGUUUUUUGGGCAGAAGUUAAUUAUUCCAGAGAAGCUGAGACCAAACCUUCUUCGUCGAAUUCAUGAGAGCCAUCUGGGUAUGGAAAAAUGUAAAUCGAGGGCUAGAGCACUAGUCUAUUGGCCUGGAAUGUCAGCGGACAUUGGAAGAUUAGUAGCGAAAUGUCCAACUUGUCUGAAGCACCAAAGAAGCAAUCAGAAAGAGCCACUAAAGCCACACACAGUGCCUGCCAGAGCAUGGCAAAAAUUGGGAACAGACAUUUUUGAAUAUAAGUCCAAGUCCUACUUACUAAUUGUGGACUAUUACUCGAAAUUUCCAGAAAUUUCUCUCCUUAAAGACAAAUCAAGUCAAGCUGUCAUUACCAGUAUGAAAUCAGUAGUUGCCCGAUCGACACGGCAUCCCGGAUGAAGUUGUCGCAGAUAAUAGGCCCUUUUCAAGUAAGGAAUGUUUACAGUUUGCACAAGAAUGGGGAUUCAAAAUUUCAACGUCCAGUCCUGAUUACCCCCAGUCAAAUGGCAUGAGUGAGCGUACAAUUCAAACGAUCAAGAAUCUCCUUUGUAAAGCUGAUGAUGAAGGAAACGAUCCCUACAUCGCUCUCCUGGAGUACAGGAAUACUCCAAUCACAGGAAUGCAAGAAUCGCCAGCUCAGUUAUUAAUGAGUCGCAUGCUAAAGUCCAAGUUGCCUACGACCACGGCCCUCCUUCAGCCCAAAGUUCAAGAAAAUGUUCGUGAAAAACUUGAGCAACGUGCCGAAAAGCAAAAAGAGUACUUCGACAGAAAUGCAAAGCCAUUGCGACCUGUAAAGAUGUAUCAGUCUGCCCGAAUUCGAAGAGGAAAGGUGUGGGAGCCAGCAGUUAUAACAGGUACGCAUAAAGCACCUAGAUCCUUCAUAGUAACCACAGCACAAGGGGGAGUGUAUCGUCGUAAUCGCAGACAUUUAUUACCCACU